AAUACAUUUACCAAAGCUACAACAUAUACAGUGAAUCGGCAGAAGCGGUUGGAAAUGUUGCGGGUCAUUCUCCGUAUAGCACGACUAUUACACCGCUACUAGCUGAUGAUACUUUUAAGGUUUGCACACCCGUAUAUGACCCCUUGUUCGGUAUCGACGAAUGCUGGCAGAAAAACAUCACUGGCAAAGGGGUUGUCAUAGCAAUCGCCGACGUAGGCGUAGAUGCCGAUCAUCCGAAAUUCCACGACAAAAUUAUGCAUGCACUUAGCUAUAAUUUCGUUGGAAAAAACACUAAUUACGGCCCGGAAAAUUAUCCUACUCGACAGGAUUCGACGAACUUAACAACUCAUGGCAAUGCGUGUGCUGGACUUGCGGCUGGUAGCAGGAACACAAGCAUCGACUGUCAACCAUGUGGUUGCGGGGUUGCACCAGACGCCAGUAUUGCGGUUUUAAAAGUUGGUACGGUUCUGGAAAAGACCUUUUCAACAACAAGACCACAAUCGGAGAUGAACACCGAGUCCCUAUGCACCGCUCUAGCACACCGUGGGGACGACAUUCACAUAUACAGCAACUCGUGGAACUUUGAGCAACAGUUUCACAACGACAGUUGUCUACACGAUGUAAUAAAAAAGCGUUAUUACACGGGCAGAAACGGUAAAGGAAGCAUAUAUGUGUUCCCCGCGGACCCCCCUGGGAACGGUCUCGUAAACAAUAUCUACACGAUAGCUGUUGGAGAUAUGGGAGUGGGCGGAACACUUCCGGAUAAUCCACAAGUCAACUCGGCCGUCAUAGUGUCUAUGUUUGCCUCGGGAAGAAAAAUAAAUGAUACGCGCCUGUUGACAGAAACGCACACCGGGUGUAUUCGGAACCGCUUCAGUCCCUGUCAACGGAAUUUUCGUGGACAGUCUGCCGCUAACGCCAUGGUGGCCGGUGUUAUUGCUCUUCUGCUUCAAAACAAUCCAAACCUUACGACUCGAGAGGUGAAGCAUGUGUUGGUCGAGUCUGCCUCACACAUUGGUAUUGAACAAGCGUCGGCCUUUAAAAUGAAUGGUGCGGGAAAGUACUACCACAAAGUACUUGGGUUCGGAUACCCGAACGUCAAAAAGAUGAUUAUGUUAUCACAAAACUUUACUGCAUUGCGGCCCUUACUAUCUAAGCAAUUUAAGCUCGAUGUUGCCGGAAACACCGCAACUGGGGUUAUUCUGUCUGAAAAUAUCAACAAAGUGGAACAAGUUGAAUUCAUCCUUACUUUUGACUUCGAAAGGAAUGAUAAUGUAUCAAUGGAAGCAACGUCACCUGACCUUACUUCUUCGAUGCUAUUCGAGAAUGUAAUAAUGCCAGCUGACAAAAACACAAUGAAAACCAAACUUAUUACAAAUCAUUUUUGGGGCGAAGAUCCGACAGGGAACUGGACAUUACGCGUCUUCAGUCAACACGGCACACUUUAUGCGACGAUUAAAGUUAAGGAGGCGCAUGUACUAAUUUACGGAACUGGGAAUAAUACAGGGUCGACAACUGAUGCAGUGCAUUACAUUGAUGGAGGUAACACCAGUGGCACUGUUGAUAAUGUUGGUUCACAGCACGUCAACCAUAUAUUGAAUGCGACUGAAAACAAAACAGACGUUAACAGGAAUAUUAUAAUUGGUGUCGUUGUUAGUGUAAUCGUUAUUAUUAUUAUUAUUAUUAUUAUUGUUAUUGUUCUGAAAGUUCGUUAUAUACGUUAUGAGAGACUCCAAAAGGGAAACACCGCUGAAAAAUCAGAAGAAGAACUUAAGACAACGCAGAAGAUGAUACUCAGUUCUAGCAUAUUGGUUAGCAAGCAAUUAAAAGAUACUGAAUCGUCUUUGUAACAUUUAAGAAAGAAACAGGAUAAUAUUUUCCACAAGAACAAUGUCAAAAAUGGAUAAGUACGCCACUUACAUAGCUUAUGUAUCUAUAAUUGACCUAAAUAUAUAUACAAAUGUAAGUGCUCUCUCACAUUACUGUGUAUAAAAAAGUAGAUCUUCAGGAAUACUCGUAAACCAUGUCAUAUACACGGUUGUACUCGAAGAAACUAUAAAUUAUUAACUGAUGUGUCCUAAAUGUAAAAAGUUUACAAAAUUAUGUAUACACGUGUAUCAAAUCAGAUUGAAAGAACAGCACGUCCGCAGAUAUAAUUUCAAAUAUUUACCGUUUUUGCCCAGGAAGAAAAUUCUGUCAAAAGGUGACUGUUUGAAAGAUGGACAACAUUCAUACAGAAAAAGCGUGUGAUUGACACUUAUUUGUUAUAUGGACAAUUCUAGACCAAGUGUGAGGUUUGGAGAUCCUUAAAACCGUGUUCAACCCUGAAUGCUUUACAUUUACCAUUACAAGGCGGCGUUCUCAGUUUCGUACGUCUUGUGUAUGUUUGUAUUUGUUUUAUGCCUCAUAGCUCUGGCGUUGGUUGGUUUGAAAGAUAUUUUCACCACGCCACAAAAGAACAACACAUGUACGCGCUAGAACGAUAAAAAGGAGCCCAUGAGACAAAUAUUUGAUUUUUUCCCUUUUUGUUUUUUUUUUUUCAUGCGGGAAUCGUGGACGUGUUGAGAACUUUAAAACCCAAAACAACAGUAAUACAAGAAAACGACACAUACACCAAUAAGUACGACUAAAGGGGCGCAAUAGGGACAAUCAUAACAUUUGUUGUGCUUUUGUUUAUCUGGUGUGUGACUUCGUAAACAUUUAGUUGAUCUUUUCGUUAAGUCGGGCAUUUGUUUUGUUUUUUAACAGUUCUGUAGUUUAAAGUGAUCUUAUAUUGUAACAAUACUUUACCUUUUGUACUCAAGGUUAUUAAAAAUUCAAAAUAAAAUGUAAUCAUGUUAUUCUCGCAAUGGAAUCGUUAAUCUGUAUUAAUACGCUAUGGUGUAGGUAAUUUAACAAUUUUCAAUUGACGAUCCUCUUGAUGUCAUUGAUACAUCGGCCAGAUGUAUUGAAAAAAGUAUGCAGUAAAUAUUAAAAACUUUACCUUAUUGUGAAAUUAUAAACAGAUGUGUUCAGUGCUUCGUUCAGAUACGGACAAACGAACAUGACUAAAUCUAUAAAGAAGCAUUAACUUAACAAACAACACGACGAACAUGAUGUUUUAUCGUUGAAUUUGAAUUUUGUCUGUGUUUACCCAGUGCUACAAAUGGUAACACAGUUGUUAUGCUCGAAUAAACACUUGGAGUGAU